GGGCUUGAAGUGCGCAGCCAGCUUGUGGAACUGGGUGAAACGGUGUUUUUCCGCGUGUCCUUCUUGUGUACACUUGUAGAGAGCAUAUCACAGGUGUAAAACGCAGUUACUUACCGUGACGUCAGACGUGCUGCUCCGUGACUCAGCUCACUACAGCCCAGAGGUUUUGGCCAAUAUGGUAGUGCUGUCUAAAGAAUACGGAUAUGUGGUGCUCACUGGAGCUGCCAGCUUUGUCAUGAUGACACACUUGGCACUGAAAGUGGUUAACGCACGCAAGAAGUACAAAGUUGAGUACCCUAAGAUGUACAGUGAUGACCCAGAAAAUGGACAUAUCUUUAACUGCAUCCAGCGUGCUCACCAGAACACUCUGGAGUUUUACCCAUCAUUCCUGUUCUUUCUUGCUGUCAGUGGGCUAAAGCAUCCUCGCCUGGCCAGUGGUUUGGGGAUGUUCUGGAUUCUGAACAAGGAGAUCUAUGCAUAUGGAUACUCCACAGGAGAUCCCAAGAAAAGGAUGUAUGGUGUUUUGGGGAAUUUCGCACUCUUUGUGAUGGUGGGCUUAUCUGCUAAUUAUGGCAGAACCCUUCUUGGCUGGGGCCAUAAUUGCUGCUGAACAUCCCAUCCCACUACAUCAUAAUCCAGAGAAGGAAGCAAUUGUGGGAGGUGAAAGAGUAAAUACUGCUGCUUGGUUUUCUAAAUCAGCUUUACUUUCACAGAUUACCUAAUGGAGAAAAGACCAGUAGGUUUGUCUGUACUGUUAUGAGUGCAGACAAUUUUGCCUUCAAGAUUUUUAUAAAUUGCUGGGAAUAUUUGAAAUGAACCAAAGCACUUGUUUAUGUGAAAGAUUUAUAUAUUAAAAUAUGUAAAACAAA